CGAAACAAUAGCAUACAGUCGUACCCGAUUGAGCCAUACAUCCUCCCCACGCGCCUCUAUGCAGGGGCGGUUUACAACAGCCUCAGAAAAUCCAUAAUGUAUAUGGGCGGCUUCACGGAAUAUAUGAUAUGGAUACCAGAAACCUACCUCAAUGAGUACAUUCCUGCCAAUAGAAUAUGGUCCAACUUUACCACGACUGGCGAAUAUCCUUCUCCAAGAAGCGAUCACUGCAUGGCUGCCAGUGAGGAUGGCAAAACUAUCGUCGUCUUUGGAGGCAGGGUGCCUCCCAAGCCAACCUCGAGUGGUACUAGCGACUUUACCGGCUCUUUGUACAUACUGGACGUGCUCUCGGGAAAUUGGACCCAGGGAGUCAGCUCGAGUCCAAGGCUUUACAUGGCGUGCAUUAUUAUAGGCGAUCAGUUCCUGGCAUGGGGAGGCUAUGACGGCGUCGGUACUGUGUCCGCUACACCAAUCAUCUUUGAUUUGACGAGGCGCCAAUGGGUACAAUCGUAUGCUGCCCCAGCAUACUAUGCGAAUACGCCCGAAACUAUCUCUAGCACGGGCACAUCGGCGACCUCGACAUCGUCUUCACCGCCAAUUCCUUCGUCAUCCUCAACAAACCUGCCAGCCAUCAUGGGGGGAACAUUUGGCGCACUCUUUAUGAUCGCCUUAUCUGGGCUCAUUUACCUGUGUAUGAAGAGAAAAAGCGACAAAGUGAAGUACGAGACACUGGCGCAGCAGAGGAUCACAAACCAGGCAGAGGGUACCAAUAAUCCAAAUACGAACGUCGACAAGACGGAUAUGGGUGCCUAUAAGCACUAUCGUUCCAACGACUCACAAACACGCAACCCACAGGUCCUGCCAUCUGGAUUCCCCUACUCUAGACGCGAUCCCCAAGACGCGAUUGCCAUGGGCCUUCUUUACAAGCAGAGCAUACACCAGGGCUCGCAGUCAGCCCAUUACUCAUCCCAUAUGAAGGCUCCGGCAUAUUCACCUUCAAAUCUCCCCAACCCGCUGUUCGUAUCAACAUCAUACAAGGCAGCACCAUUGAUACCAACGACAACGCACUUUUCGAACGCAUUCAUUCCGGUUAUGACCCCAACCAGUCCAGUGGUCCUCACCCCUCAUGCAUAUACUUACUAUCCCGGUGGAGAGAUCUCUGCCACCCACGCGCCACGACACUUAGUCUACGACCCUAGAAAUAGGGCCUCCACAUCAGGGUCCGAAACUACAGUCGUCCUUAAUACGGGCGACUAUGACACCAUAGGCGCAAUACUACCAAACUCGCAUCCUCAUCGCACCACAUCGGGCAGUUUUGUGCCUGGCAUGAGGGAGUACACAGACGAUGAUGGCCUACUGAACUCAAGGCCUUCAACUCCGCAAACACCACCAUAUAAUUGGAAAUAAAGUAUGUCAAUGCAUCCGUCAAAGCUAUGCAAACUGUGUUA